UUUCUCUCCCACUUUCUUCCUCAUUUUUUCUGAAAAGAGGAACUUUGAAGAGAAGGAACACAAAAGAAAAUUAAAGCCAUACAAAUAGAAUAGAGCUCUAAGAAUCACCCAUUUUUCUCCACUUUCUAAAUUCCAUUUUCGCAGAGGAAACCCAUAUUCUUCUCACGCGGUGUGUGGCCAACGUAUCCUAUGGAAUUUCAGAUUCACUGAAAGUGCAUUUGGUUCUCAUCAAUCUCCCUGAAGAAAUGGAGAAAAAAAUUGUUGACUACAUAUUGGUAUCAUCUGGUUUCGUGGUGAUGGUGGGGUAUCACACGUGGCUUCUCCAUCGGAUCAUCACACAUCCCAACAAGACUGUAAUUGGCAUCAACGCCAUCAAUCGUCGCUUGUGGGUUCGUGCUAUGAUGGAGGACGCGUCGAAGAAUGGCGUGCUCGCGGUCCAAACACUGAGGAACAACAUAAUGGCGUCGACUCUUUUGGCAUCAACGGCUAUAAUGCUCUGCUCUCUCAUCGCCGUCCUAAUGACGAGCGGCGGCGGCCGCAAUGAUCAAUCCCCAAUGGUCGUAUUUGCCAACAAAAGCCAGUUUGAUUUCUCCAUUAAGUUCUUUGCCAUUUUGGUCUGUUUUUUGGUGGCGUUUUUGUUCAAUGUUCAGUCCAUCAGGUACUACAGCCAUGCAAGCAUUCUCAUAAAUACACCCUUCAGAAAGAUUUCUUCUGAUCAUCACCACCAGCGCCUAAGCGCUGAGUACGUCGCCACCACUGUGAACAGAGGCAGCUAUUUCUGGUCAUUGGGAUUGCGAGCCUUCUACUUCUCAUUUCCUUUGUUUUUGUGGAUCUUUGGACCAGUUCCUAUGUUUUCAUCGUCAUUUCUACUUGUUUUUAUGCUUUACUUUCUUGAUGUCGCUUUUGAAUUUUGCGGGGUGGACGGGAAUUUGGAUUACCUUCCCCCGAGGGACGAGGAAGAGGAGAUCGGGAAAUGAUUUUUUUGAUAGGGAGAAUUCUAGAGUUCAUUCUCCACAGGGACGGUCUAGUGAACUGACGAGUGAAAUAAUAAUGGUUAUUGGAUUCCGUGGGUAAAAAAAAUGUUCACUUCUUAAAAUAUCCCAUGUACGUAAGUGAAAUGGGGGAAUCUUGGAUUCUAUGGGUAAGAAAAAUAUUUACUUCUUAAAAUA